GCUGAGGCAAUCAAUGAACUUGUCACCGAAAGCCCACCGAGCUCCGGUGUACAGCAUUCUUUAUAGUAAUUUCUUAUCUCAGUUACAUCUCGGUUUUAUCAGCAUACCCAAUCAAUUUUUAGUUGCAUAUCAUCUAUACAUUAACUAAUCAAUCGCUCUUGCCUAGCUUUCGGUGCCCCACCAGUAUCUCUUUCCAGUUCACAUCUUGGGCCUCAUUCCUGGCCAAGGCUGUUUCUCAGUCAGCCUCCUUAACCUCCCUCACAUUACAUCUUCUGCUGGUACCAUCCUGUCCGCCACCGUUAUCUCUAAAUAAACAAAGGCUGAGUAUAAUACAUGGAGUACAUUUUAGCUAAUUAGUGCUGCUAGCUAAACAGAUGUUCUUUAACUGGCACAAUAUGUAGCUAAGAGAAUACAAUGUAUCUAGUAAAACAAUACAUAGCAAAAUGUGUCUAGUAAAAUAAUACAUAGAAAUAUUCAGUACAUAGGAGUGAUUACAUAGUAUAGUAAAUAGAUAGUACAUAGUGAUUAUAUUUCAGGUAUAUAUAGUGAUUAUGUCAGGUAUAUUUCUCAAUAUGAUCACGCUUUCCUAAAGGCUUCUUAACAACUGGAUUAUUAAUUAAUCCUUUCUCAUUACACAAUACAACAGCUUGUUUCUUCAACAAACUGAUCUAGGAAAUUAUCUCAUAUGCGCCGCGAAUUAAUCAUCAAUUUCAUUACUAUGUCAUCUAUUACAUUAUCUAUGUAUCGAUUAAUGUCACGUAAAUUAUUGCAUUACUCCUGCUGUGUGUGCUCCUGAAACCCCAGUUUACAUUAUGUUCCGCGUUAUUACCACUGUUUGGGAACCGGUGGAGAACUCCCACUCACGGGCAGUUUCACGACUCCACUCAAACUAAUACUGAACUGCUUUUUGAUGUGUUGAAGAAAGAUCAAUUUCUUUUGCUGUUUUAAUCCCAACCUUCAUGAUCAGACCUUCUUUUCUAAUAGCUGCUCUGGAUAUUUUAUCCCCAAUUUUGGGAACAUUGAGAUUACAUCUUUGUAGUGGCAACCUGACCGCAUGUCGUGAAUUUUGUAGUUUUGUGGCAGCGGUAUACCGCAAGCCAUAAAAAAAAAGCUUCGUUACCAAACAAAAACUGAAAUAAAUAGUGCAGAGGUGGAAUAGCGAGGUAGUUUACACGGGCUUGUGGAUCUUGCGGGAGGGAAGAAGCUGUUCUUAAAACGCUACAUGUGGCACUUCAGGCUCGUUUACCUCCUCCCGAUUCUAGUCAUGAGUCUGUGCCAUUAAUUUUUCCUUUUUGUAAGAAACAAGUAAAAUAAUCUUCAAUUUUACUUUUUGACUAUUUUCUCCUGCUGACUCUAACUGGAGAUAUUCUCACAUGUCGGCAUGCUCUGGUCUACUUGGUCAUUAUGACAUAGCAGGUUGUGGCAGUUUACUGGGUCCAAUCUAGCUGCUACAUUUAAAACAAAGUGUGACUGGGCAUUACAUAGACUUCUUUUGGCAGGAUGCAUUUUGGAACAGCCCACGAUCGUUAAAGCUCUUGAUCACCAUUUUGUUUAUUUUUCAACUCUUGGCACAGAGAUAAACGACAGCAAGCUGACUGGAAACAGCAGCAGCCCGAAUUUUAUAACCGGAAAGAUGGAUAUAAUUCAAUUUUAAGCUAAAUAGAUAUUCGCGCUUUUAAAAUAGAGAAAUCUGUUUCCACACAUGGGAUACAAGAGCCUCUCUUUAGUUAUCGGCGCGGGACCAACCAGAAGUGAGGGUUUUGUUUCGCAUAGCAACCUGUGCUGCUGUUGUCACCUGACAGACACAUUAGCCAGCCAACUGUUUCUGAUUAGCAAUCUUUUGUUACUGGCCGCCGAAGAUUUAUUACUUUAUGAACAAACGUGAGAGACUUCAGCUAUUUCCUCGACCUGUGAUUUAUCUGUAAUGGAAGUUUAACCCCGCAGAACUGUCCAUCAAGACUGUUUUCUUAAACCUCUCCAUGGGUACAGUGCGGCCUGUUGGCACAGACUCCAGUUUCGUUGAGCGGAAAAACUCGUCUCCACCGUCUCUUGGAACCUCAGUAAAAUUAGUAAAGCAGAUUGCCUAAGUAGCUUUCUUCCUCUCCCGCAACAAAUUGGGAAGCCAGAUUGUAUUAAAUUUCAUCGAAACUCUCUGGGGUGUUCAGAUCCACGAAUCCGGAGCUGGUUGGUUUUAAUUUAUGUAUAUACAUAUAUACUUUAAAAUAAUGAAGGUUGCAGUGCUAGACUUGGGAACUAUCUUUGCAAAAAUCUUCACCACUUCUGCUUCUCCUGUGGUGCCUCCGGUUGGUUCUUCAAGCAGCGGGUCCCCUGCCUCUCCUCGUGGACCGCCAGUGUCAGUAUCUUCAUCCAAAACGACGCCUUUCAUUUCUUCCCUGUUCAAUGUCUCAGGGAAAAGCUCCGUGCUGUCUGGAACAGCCCCUGGCCCAGAGUGCUCUGCCGCUCUGAAAGUCUGCAGCGCCUCUCCACUCCCCUCGGCCGGCCUGAGCACAGGGGCUCCAGCGAGACCGACGCCGAGCUGCAGCCCGGUUGGUCCCGGUGCAGCGAGAACCGCGCAAGCUCACGGUGAAGCCGCCGGUGUUGUGAUGGGCAGCGCGGCGAGGUCUCCCUUGCACGUCGCGGAGAACGUUGGCUGGAACCCGCCCAUCAAGCAGUACCCGUUCGCUUUGCCCGACAUCGGCGAGGAGUGGCUGACAGAUACCGAGCCGGUGGAGAAUAACACCGAAAAGAAGGGGUUAUUAAAAGGAACCAGCUGUCUUCCUGGGAAAGCAAUUGAUUCUCUUCCAACUAAUUUUACAAAACAUGUCCAAGGAGCAAUUCAUAGUUACAACAGUGGUGACUUCAUUGUAUCAGAAUCAUCCAUUGGGCAGACGACUCCCACCGACCUUAACCAUUCUUGGUCUGGAAUCCAGAGCGAUACAACAUCUGAGUGUAGUUCAGUGUACUCCUGGAGAGAUGAUGAAUUUGACAAAGCAAAUACGCAGACAGUGCAUCAACUUUUCUGGGAAAUCGAUGAGAUGUUGUUUGAGGGAAAAGUGAGCUGUCGAACCAAAAGCAUUGAAACCGAAUGUCGAGAGUGGGUGGAACGUUCGCCCCAGCUCAGGAUAUUGGGAACGCAGCUCUUGCAGCAAGAUGAUGGAGAAGGCAUUCAACAUUUCCAGAGCAGAGGAAAGAGCUCCAUGGCAACUGGAGCUUUGCCUAGUUUCUGUGAAAGCACCAGCGAUAUGAAAGAACUUAGCCUUUUGGGAGUACGUCUCCUUCCUACACACUCUCCCUUCCAUAGUUCAAACUUCACCAUAAGUUCCCUCGACUCAGAGUGCUCCAUUUUCUCAUUCCUAGAGGAGGAGAUUUAUGAUACGGAUGGAAGUAUUGAAGAGUAUUUUGCAUUUGACAGUAAAGAAUGUAUUAGUGAAGAUGAGAGUUUAAGACUAAAGAAUGUUCAAGUUGCUCAGAGGAGAAAUAAAAGGGGCAUUCCUCCCAUUUCUCCCCAUGCCUGCCUUCAAGAUGCUGUUUCAGCGGAGAUAUUUAAUGAUAUCUGGCGAGAUGUGAUUGAUGUGUUGGAAGAGCUGAUCAGGAAAAACUGGGAAAACAACCUUUCAGGAGAGGCAAAGCAAACAGCAAGCAUGCAAAGUGCAAAAAUGAGCAAAAUGCCUCAUAUCAAUGACUCACGAAUCAAUUUAAAUUAUAGUGUUCCACCAUCGAGAGGCUCUGAAACACGAUUCUUGGCCCUAGGCAGCUCCUCCUUCCACUCUCAGGCUCAUCGCAUGGCAAACACUUACCGUAAUGAUUUAAAUGGUGUCAUGACCAUUCAAGCCAAACCACUUCAGCAGAGACAUACAGGAUUACCUGAAAAAGCACAGUGCGACCAAGAUGAAAAGCAGCUAAGUACAGGCUCCAGUAUUUUGUCUACCACACGAAAUCGCAUGGGACGGACAACAGAGCACAGCGUUCUCUCAGCAUCUCGCAUUAUUCAGGCAUCUUCAAGAAAGACAGUGACGCAACGAAAGCUACCAUCACUCAGUUCAGAACUGCUGAAGCUGAGAGCCUCCAAUGUCAACAGUGAUGAGAUUCUCAGGGGAACUAAAUUUACCAAUGCUUCUACAAUUUGUAAGAGUUCUCAGUAUGUUGAAGAGAUUGCAAAGGCGCACAGUGGAGCAAAACAUCAGAUAUAUCAGCAUUUUACACUAAAGAGACACACUGGACUAGACCAACUCACCUCUCCAUCACAAGCGACUCGUCAUAACCAGCUGCCACCCAUUAAUUCUGAGUCAGCAGAAAUGCACAUUCCUCUGCCUGGAUCAGUACCACAACUGAGAGGAAGAUUUUUGCACAGCCGAGUGUCAAGCGCAGUUGGGGAAGGAACAGGACGGCGACCUCUCAGGGAACGACCAUUUGCUUUGGAUACCUCUUCAAGGCCGAACACAACUCACACAUUUAGGUCUGAUACUCCUUUCAAAAGGUCGUUCACACCAAUGGACUAUGGUAGCCAAGCACGGUUAGGACGGGCUUCCUUUACAGGUCCACAAGUUCAUCUUCAGUCCAAAACAUUCAACCGUUUUCCUGCAAAUUCCAAGAAACGGUCCCAGGUGGUCCAGUAAGUCCAGAAACUGGAGAGUUGAAAUUGGGAGGUAAUGAGGAUAACCUGCAGAUGUCAGGUCAGAGUUCACUGGAUUAAAGCAAAACAAUAUGAAUACUCAAAGAGCUUGAAGUGCAAAGUCUUGCUUCAAUGUGCCACAAUGGUCUCAAGCACUGUCUUAUCUGUCUUCCUUUCAAUAUAUCUAUAAAUCAAACUAUGCAAUAAAAUCAUUUUCCACAGGAACUCUCCAACUUGUCAGACCCUCAGGAAGGUCACUCUGGGACUGUAUCAUUUGCAGGUAUCAUAAGUGGAGACAGACAGAUUGAUGUGAGAAGGUAUCUGAGGUUUGUCAGUUCCCUGCCCACUCACGGGGCAAACCCCUGACAUGAGAAGCUAGCUCCACCACUGCCUGACAUCUUUAUUCUGAAUUUCUCAUUAAUUCCAAUAUGCUGUUAAAACCUCAAUAAGCAACAUACUGAAAGGCAGCUACUAUUACCACGGCUUGCAUUAACCAAGACUGGAUAGUUAUUCUUGAAAGUUUAUGCUUGUUGUUGUGAGCAACCUGAAGGGAAAUGUUUAGUUUGCAGCUAAACCACAGAAAUGCAUUUAUUCCUUUUUACAUGAAUACAGAAUGUUGUAGAUUAUGUAAAGACAAAUACUAAUGGCGUGCACUUGCUAUUUCUCUCAUUUUACUGAAGAGCAACAUGAAUUUUAUUUUCUUAUUUAUUUUAUUUAUAAGACAAAAUACAAUUCUGAAGUGUUUUAAUAAUUUGGCAAUACUCUAUGCAAUGACAACAUGGAACUCUUAAACUCUGUAGGUCAAUAUUUUUCCCUCAAAUUUGUUCAAAUGUUAUGCUGUUAGGAUUGGAUAAUGGAUUAAAAUUUUAAGUCAGUUAAUCAUUCUUAAUUUAUUAGGCCAAGUCAUAUUGAAAAGGACAUUGUUUUGAAAAUCUACAUGCUAUUUAAGCCGCCAUUUUCUAUGGCAAGGUUAAUUGACAAGUUAUGGACGAUCUGGCACAUUCCUAAAAACAAAAGGACAAUGCCAAGGAUGUGAUGCUAUUUGUGUAAAGUAAUAUAAAUCUAUCAGCAAGAUUUGGAAAUGGGCAACUCACAGCAUUUAAUUUCCUUAACUUACUGGCUGAUAUCUGUGUUAAUAUUUGCACCAACUAUGAUCAAGUUUUAGUUUCUUGAAGAGUUUGGCCCAUUAUUUAAUAGAGAUAAUGCUGAAUUGAAGAUUAACUACUUUUUGUAAUUCUCUAAGAUAAUUUUUGACUGUCUUAAAGUGUGACAAUGCCAAAUUUCAUGGUUCAUAAUAUGUAUGAGUAGAUACAAUGAUUCAAAAUGUACAGUUUGUGAUAUUGGUAGGUGAAUAUUUAAUUCAUUGAUAUGAUGUUCAUCUGUUGCACAUUUUAGUUGAGGUAUUGCUCAGUCGAAGCAGAAGAAUGUCUUGUACAGAAAAUAAGUGUUCACCUUUGCCAUCAUUGUAAACUCUAAUUCUUUGGAUUUUGUGAUAAGACGUGAAAUAAAUGGUUUGUUUAUACAUCUUAAAAAUUUUGUUAUUUCAAAGUUUUGUUCAACGUUUUUGUGUAAAUAAAUGUUUCAUGAUCUAACAAGA